AUGUUUCUGAAGAAUAAUAACAUCGUGGCUCAAGGCCUAAGUGAGGCUGAUGGAAAUGUUUUAAGAAAGGAUAAAUCAAAGAAAGAAGGAUCUAAAUCAAUUUUUUUCUAUUCGAAGAUUGUUACCUGUACCCUUUUGAUUUGGGCUUCACAAUGUUCUUCCAAUAGCCAUACCAACUUCAGCAGUUCGCAUGAUGAGGCAUACACUGCAGGAAGCGUAGAAUACGCAUCUUUCCACAGAUCCUUGGCAUUAAAUGAACGAUACGGAAAGUAUUCAACGAGCUCACGGGGACCGUAUAUGCCAGAAAGCCUCUACGGUCACGACAAUCCAUCAAGUUCACGAGGUGCAGCAACCGAACAACCAAAAAAUGCAGAAAAAUCACCUUGCGACCUAAAUACAGAUAUUGAGACAAAAUUAAAGGACUUGAAGGAUGUCAUUUGGGACAAAGUUGAAAAUGCAGUUGAAUGGGGAACUCUUGCAGAAAAUGUAAAGAGUUAUUUAGGAAAAAUGGAUUCAAACCUUGAAAGCAAAAUUGUUGAUGAAGUUAACAAAGCCAACAGAGAUAGCAAUUUAAUGGAAAAACCAGAUGCCAAAACGAAGAUAAUCAAUGGUAUCUCCCAGAAUUAUACCGUUAUAACUCCACCCCUGUUCUUAUUACUCUUAUCCAUUUUGCCAUCCGAAACUUGUAAGAAGCAUUUGGCAAACAUAUUGUUGACAUCUCUUUUGGUAGCAAUGACUUAUGUCUUCUUUAAGCUGAAAAAAAUAGAUGAUAAUAAAGAACAGAAUAGCAAUGCUAACCUGAGCGGUAAGAAUGAUAGUGAAUCUAAUGGUAAAAAGUCUAAGGAUAAAUCGAAUGGUAUCUAG